AUGGCCAUGUCUGAAAAGCCGUCCUCCACCAGGAACCUUCGGCAGUUAUCCAUCAGUAUUCCAUCAGGUCACAAUGCACCCACAGGACUCGAAAAGGCCAGUGGUGAAGGUGAAAAUGUUAUUAAAAGUGACGCUACCGCUGCACCUGAAAAUCCUCGUGUCGAGGAGUCGCUAGAAGAGAAACUACUCAAGCAAAAGCUUCAGGCGGCACUCCCCGGUGUGUCAUCUGUAGUGUCGACUCCUGGCACUACGGGGACUCCCAACCCGCUUCUGGGCACGAACUCAUCGGUGGUAAGUGUUGAUCUGCCCAACACUGCCGGCCCCAACGUGAUUAACAAGCAGCUACUAUCAAAACUCAACAAAAGUUUGAAAGAGAAACAGAAAGUCAUCCAAACCAAGGAGAGCCACACCAAAACCCCCACCCUUAUCCAGGACAUCUUGACCACACUGCCACUGCAGCCAGUCUUCUCUCACAACUCGCCUAUGCCGUCACUGGCCCAGGUAAACGAGGUUGGUAGAUCUACUUCUCCAGGUUUGGAGUCUACAGGCGAUGACCAAGAGGCGGAGAGCGGGAUGCCACCUACGGUAGCUGCGAAGGAACCGGAGCCUAAGCCUAAAACGAAAAAAAGGAUAGCAAAGCAGAACUCCACGCGGACUGACUUCUUUGCUGCGAAGCUAGCCAGUGCAGUGGAUGAUGUAUCUCUGUCUAAUAGCGAUGAGACGUUCGUGUACGAGAACAACGUCAAUGACUUUGGCGACGAGGCUACUGGUGAAAGUGGCCCCAAUAGCGGAAUUCCGGGGUCAGGAGUGAUUACAACUGGUGACGAAGCAUUCAUGACAGGAGCCUCCGAUAUCAGCAACCAUUUGGCCAACGACACCGCAUCGGUAGCUGGCAGUGUACGAAAUGCCACUCUUUUGGAGGGCGUUGGCAAUUCUCCGUUCACAGAGCUUCGGAAGGAUUUGCAUGAUGAACACAAACCCGACCAGGUUCGAGCCGAGUCCAUCCACUCGUUCCAAUCAACGAAAGUGAAUCCACGGAACACCUUCAACAUUACACCUCCAAACACAAGUAAUGGCCGCUUGCUGCAACCACCAAACCUAGCGCAUGUGGAUAACCCUGCUCAGUACCUGAAUCCGUACUUUCAUAACUUGAUUCGUGAUGCUUCCAACAAGGCCACCAGACGCAAAAGUAGCUCUCAUUCCCUUAUGAGUGAAGACAAAAGCUACAUUCUGCGCUCGCCAAUGUUGAACUUCUCGGACCCCAAUCAUACGCUAGUGCCUCAGUCACACUCGCUCGCAACGAAUAUUCACCUGCCCGUCACACCUAGUAUCGCUGAGGGUUAUGGCGAAGGAACGUGUUCUCUUGAUGAAGAAGAUGAUGAAGAUUUAUCUGGUGAUGAUGGCGCUUCGUCGCUUCGUCUGGUGUCCACAGAAUCUAAACUUAAUAAUACCAUUACCAAUCCUAAUGAUGGAUACUUGAAAGCAGAUCAUUUGUCUGUGAGUGGCAAAACAGAGAAGAAAUCGAAGCCAUCAACAACAUCUUCGAAGUUGCGGUCCACAACAUCGAAACUUUUCGAUAAAAAGGGUGCUCAGCCAAGGAGAUACAGUACUAUCCCCGAUGACAUCGACAUCGAGGAUUUUGACGAUGAACUAAUAUACUACGACAACAACAACAUUCGCUUUCCAUACAAUAGUCAAAACGGAAACGAAACAUCAUCAUUGCUUGGAGGUACCCAUCGGUUGCCACACCACAGGUCUCUUAACCUCAGUUUCAACGGCAAGCGGCAAACCAGCAAUGCAAAACCAAAGCGUUACACAUCCUUGGGGUAUGUGCCUUCAAAUGGGAAAGGGAACGAUAUUUUUCCUUUUCCAUAUCCAGAGCCAAAUCAGAAAUACUAUUACGAUUUUGAUGAAUACGAUGAAGAUGAACACGCUGAUGGUCGAGACGAAAUGCAUGCAAAGGGCAUUUCUGUUGGUAAAAACCAUCUCUCGCCUAAUAAUGCCCACUUUUUCUUGCCACGAAAGGUCUCUCGCGAUAAUUUUGGUAACAAUCGCGUGAGAUUCAUCAAAAGUUUUGUCUAUACGUUGAUCAGCAUAAUCUGUAUUUUAGCAAUUGGGUUCAUUCUGGGUUUCCUUCUCGCUUCCACCAAAGAUUUGGCGAACAUAUCUAUUAUUAACAUCGAGAAUCCAUUGGUUAGCCAAGAUGAAUUGGUUUUCAGCAUUAUUGUUGAAGCACUCAACCCAGGAUGGUUCACUGUUGAGAUUGAAGAGGUUGAGAUCGACAUAUUUGCAAAAAGUGGAUAUCUUGAUGGCCCUGCUGGUACUUCUGUGGAAACAGUUUUGCUAGGAACUGUCUUUAAUUUUGAGUCUGCAUUGGUGUUCGAUGGAGGAUUCUUUAAUAAGGAGUUAAGCCAGCAAAGAGGGGAGAUUAAGCUUAUUGCGCCAGGAAAGAACUUGACAGGUUCUAGCGACCCCAUGCAAGCUCUGAUGGGGUACAAACUCAGGACGACUGAUAAGCUGGACCCACCAGACAACUCAGAGAAGUGGGCCCUUAUAUCUAAGCAUCCUUUUGACUUGAUUCUCCGAGGGGUGCUCAAGUACAACCUCCCCAUGACUACCAAUAUCAGGUCAGCAGUGGUCAACAAGGUAGGCUACGUCGAUCCGUCCACUCCUGGAGUAGAUAUUAUUUAA